GGAUUUAACUCCUUUUCACAAGUGGGGUGAGUUUGUAGUCCUAAAUUCAUCUGGAUAUGAAUAUUUUUCAUAAGUUGGAUGAAUUGGCUGGCCUAAAUUCACAGGGAUUUAAAGCCUUUUCAUAAGUGGGGCAAGUUGGAAGGCCUAAAUUCAGAUGUAUUUAACUCACUUUCAGUAGUGGGGUUAUUUGGCAGGCCUUAAUUCAGCUGGAUUCAACUCCUUUUCAGUAGUUGUUAGAAAAAGUAGGGAGGCAAGUGGAGCAAUUUGGCAGUGGGUAAAUUUUUGGUGUUUUCCUGCCUGCUGUUAUUUUCAUUCUUGUUUGCUCUAAGAUUAGACAAUACAAUCGAAUGGAGUUAUUGGGUGAUAUUUUUACCAAUAUGGAUCUGGAAGAUUGUUGUAAUGGCUGGUGCAGGUGUUGGCAGUUACAUUUGGUGGAAAAAUCCACAAUACAGAUUGGAAGGCAAUGGUUAUGUCCAGUAUAAAGCUAUGGUGAUAUGUACAGGACUGCACCUGCUAUUGCUGAUGUUCGAAAUUUUAGCCUGUGAUAAUUUAGAGACUGAACACCAUUCCUGGAUACUUGUUUUUAUACCUUUAAUGUUUAUGUCAGUUGUAUCUAUUGGUAUUUGUGUAUGGGCUGUAAAAAAUGAACGCUCUUUUGAGAUGGAGCUGUUUUGUUCUGUAAAUAUUCUACAAUUUAUAUUUCUGUCUCUAAGAUUAGAUAAAGUCAUCCAGUGGAGCUGGGUGAUUGUUUUCAUUCCAAUUUGGAUUUUGAUGUGUACAGCCAUGAUAGGAGUAUUAUAUGCUAUUAUUCUAGCCAUAAUAUUAAUCAAAUCGCCAGACAUUAUUCCACAACAAAGACGUGGAAAUAUUUCAUCUGCCAUAGGUUAUUCAUUAAUGGUAGUACCAUUACUUGUUUUUGAGGUACUAUUAGCCAAUCGUUUAGAUGGUGACAAUCAUUUUAAAUACACUGCCAUUACAGUGCCAUUGUUUAUUUCUCUCAUAACUUUGAUCUGUCUCUCAUUUGGUGCUAAGGGAGGUAACCAAUGGUGGUUUGGAAUCAGGAAAGACUUCUGUCAAUUUCUAUUAGGUAUCUGUCCAUUACUACAAGAGUAUGGAAAUAUUUCAUAUACAAUUCACAAAGACAAUAGUUUCACUGUGGAAUCACGGCCACCACCAGACAAGGCUGAAAGAAUACCACAUAAAAAAUCCAUACAUGACGAACAACCCAAACCAAUAGUACCUGUGAUAUCUAUUGAAACACCAGACUGAAACUCAAUCAUUUCAUUUAUAUUUUUUAUACGACCGCAAAAAAAUUUUGCGGCCGUAUAUUGGUAUGACGUUGGCGUCGUCGUUGUCCAAAGACACAUUGGUUUUCGCACUCUUACUUUAGUUUAAGUGAAUGGAUCUCUAUGAAAUUUUACCAUAAGGUUCAAUACCACAAAAGGAAGGUUGGGAUUGAUUUUGGAGAUUAUGGUACCAACAGUUAAGGAAUUAGGGGCCAAAAAGGGGUCAAAAAUAAGCUUUUUUGUAACUUCCAGACAUAACUUGUGUGUUAGUGUAUUGAUCUCUCUGACAUUGUACCACAAGGUUCCAUAUCAUAAAGGGAAUGCUGGGAUUGAUUUUGGGGGUAAUUGCCUCAAAAUUUUAGGAAUAAGGGGUCAAAAAAGGGGCAAAACACAAGCAUUUUCUAGUUUCAUGACAAUAACUUGUUUGUAAGUGUAUGGAUCUUUCUGAAAUUGUACUACAAGGUUCCAUAUCACAAAGGGAAAGCUGGAAUUGAGUUUGGGGGUAAUUGCAAAAAACGUUUAGGAAAAAGGCGCCAAAAAGGGGCCAAAAAUAAGCAUUUUUCUAGUUUCCAGACAAUAACUUGUGUUCAAGUGUAUAGAUCUCUCUGAAAUUGUACUGCAAGGUACCAUACCACUAAGGGAAGACUGGGAUUGAUUUUGGGGGUAAUUGCCUCAAAAUUUUAGGAAUUAGGGGCCAAAAAGGGCAAAAAACAAGCAUUUUUCUAGUUUCAGGACAAUAACUUGUGUGUAAGUGUAUGGAUCUUUAUGAAAUUGUACUACAAGGUUCCAUAUCACAAAGGGAAAGCUGGGUUUGAGUUUGGGGGUAAUUGCCCAUAACGUUUAGGAAUUUGGGGGCCAAAAAGGGGCCAAAAAACAAGCAUUUUUCUAGUUUCCAGACAAUAACUUGUGUUCAAGUGUAUGGAUCUCUUUGAAAUUGUACUGCAAGGUACCAUACCAUAAAGGGAAGGCUGUUAUUGAGUUUUGGGGUGAUGAAUCAUAAGGGGGUUCAAAAAAUUGGGGGGGGGGGAUUUUUUUUUCCUUUUUUUUUCUUUAAAAUUUUCCAUUUUAAAUUGGUUAUUUCUGAUUUAUAUAUAAAAGCAAAAAAUAAUGAUAUGGUUUGAAUAGGUAAAUUAAAAUUUUCUUAGACCACAUUCAUUCUGUGUCAGAAACCUAUGCUGUGUCAAAUAUUUAAGCAUAAUCCAAAUUCAGAGCUGUAUCAAGCUUGAAUGUUGUGUCCAUACUUGCCCCAACUGUUCAGGGUUCGACCUCUGUGGACGUAUCAAGCUGCGCCCCAGCGGAGCAUUUUAUUCUUGUCUGCUAUGUAAAUUAUGGAAGGCUAGUCAUAGAUAUUGCUUUUCCCUUUUUUACCGGUGUCUUUAAAGUCCAUCAUAUGUUCUGUGAUUUAGUAGUGUAGAGUGAGAUUGGAAAUGCAAGUAGGCAUGUCAUCGUAUAGUUAUCCUUUAUCAUCACCACAUCUGUUAUAUGCAGCUAACAAUGCCUUAAAAUAUCAUUUAAAUGCCUCUGCUCUUUGGUCGGGUUAUUGUCUCUUUGACACAUUCCCCAUUUCCAUUCUCAAUUUUAUCUCAUUUACUUUCCAUAAGUACAGGCAAGACAUAUUUCUGUGUCCACAGUGUAUGUUUAAAGAAAUACAGGGUUAUAAAAUUGAUAAAGGAAUUCCUUUUAUCAUUCAGCAACCUAUAGUUGGGGAUACUCUUUUUCAUGUUUCCCCCUUUCUAGCAUAUUUUGUGCCAAUUUAUUUCCACGAUUUUCAUCAUUUGUUUGUGUAUUUAUGUAUAAAAAGAUCCAUGUAUGACAAAGUCGUGACGAUUUAUAUUCGGUUUAUCUAUCUACUCGCAAAAGUUGCAUAAAAUUAAUUGCUUGCCAAAAUUAGCUGGUUUACAUUACGAGUUACAUAAGAGUUUGUGAUGAAAUAAGAAAAUUGGAAACACUUGAAAUAGCAACUUUCUUAAAUCAUGAAAAAUUCAUACAAAAUAAAAUAAAUGAAUCCACAGUAAAUGUGAGUAUCUUUGUUAUCAUUUUGUUAAGGUCAGUCAUUUGUUUUUUCUUUUAAAGUUUUAUGGACAAAGGGAAAUAACUCAACUAACAAUAUUGCCUGGAUAUGUUUCUUGCAUAAAAAUAUGCAAUAUGUAACUCAUUGACUUCAAUUGCCAACUGAAUAGAAACUUCCACUCUUUCAUUCAGUACCCUUAGCAAAAGCUAUGUCUUGUCUUGUAGUUGUGUGCAGUGACAUUUGAGUACAUCAAUCUUACUAGCUUUGUUUUGUACAAAAUUCAGAAAAAUUCUGGUUGGGUUGCCUUUCAACUUCUGUUUGGGGAAAAAAAACAAAGUUUAAUGUUAAGUUGUAUGACUUUCAUAGAUCUGUCAUCUUUAAAGUGAAAUAAUGAGAAAAAAUAAAAAAUACAGUGUUUGUGAAAGUUUCAUGUGUAGCUCAUUAAGAUUAGCAUAUAAAUGGGAUGCUAGAAUAUAAAGAAUAGAGAAUGGUCAAAUAAAUAAAGAAUGUAGAAGAAUAAUCUAAUAAGUUAAAGAAUAAAGACAUGAGGGACCCCCAUCCAGAACCCCAUAGAUUAGGGUUUGAAAAAAACAGAAUUUUCACAAAACCCAGAUAGUUACUUUAUGAAUUUUUAAAGAUUUAACAAUAUAUGUAUUUAUUGCUUUGUGUUAAGUUCAAACUGACAAGUUUAUCUAAAACUGUCUGAAUAUGUGAUUUUUCCUGUGGUCUUAGAAAAAAAGGGAAUAAUUUUCUCCAUGUGCUGGAAAAAUCAUAAUUGCAUAAAAGAAUUUUCCAAAGCUUUUUUUCAAAAGAAUCCUUAAACAAUUAUCCAGAAUAAAACUUCUGAAUAUUACAAGUUUUUUUUUUAUUGCAGAUCAACUAUGAUUUAAAUGUGACAAAUGGUUGAAUUUAUAUGGAUAUUUAUAGUAUGAAUAAAAUUUUUGAUAUAG